AACUCGAAAGGCCACAAUCUCACUAUCUCUCUUUUUCUAUCUGUAUUGUAGCUCAGCUGGAAAGGAAAGUGAAUUCCCCAAACCAAAUUGCACAUUUUCCAAGAAAGUCCGAGACAUCAGUCGGAGGUCGCCGGAAGUUUCAGAGCUGUUAAAUAUUUCCAGCGAACUUCGCCGGCAAUGUGUGAAUUCCGGUCACUCGUUUGCUUCUUGCUUCUUUGCUCGGUGGCGUUGGCUGCUGCUCAGGGAUCUACCAAUAAAACCAGUUUAUGGCAGACAUUAGAUGGAGAUGCACCUUUAGUCAUAGCACGUGGUGGGUUUUCAGGGCUAUUUCCUGAUUCUAGUUAUUCUGCCUACAGCUUGGCAUUAUUGACCAGUCUUCCUAAAGUGAUCUCAUGGUGUGAUGUACAACUAACAAAAGAUGGAGCUGGCAUCUGCUUCCCAGAUCUCAGGCUUGAGAAUGCUUCUGAUAUUGCAGAUGGUGAUUUCAAAGACAAGUCUAAAACCUACUCUGUCAAUGGGGCACCUAUGCAAGGAUUUUUUUCUGUGGAUUUUACCCUUAAGGACCUAUCAAUGGUCUCUUUAAUUCAGGGGAUUUAUGCUCGAACUGAUAAGUUUGAUGGCAACAUAUUUCCAAUUCUUACUGUUCAAGACUUGGUUACGCAAAUCAAGCCACCAGGAUUAUGGUUAAAUAUUCAGCAUGAUGCAUUCUUCAGCCAACACAAUUUGAGUAUGAGAAGCUUUGUAAUAUCUGUAACUAGAAGUACUAUUGUUGAUUACAUCUCCUCAACAGAGGUGAAUUUCCUGAGGAGUAUAUUGGCACGCAAACCAAGCAUGACGAAACUUGUCUUCCGGUUUCUAGGACGGGAUGAAAUUGAGCCAUCAACCAACCAAACUUAUGGCUUUCUCUUAAAGAAUCUUACAUUUGUCAAAACAUUUGCCUCUGGAAUUCUUGUUCCCAAGUCUUACAUAUGGCCCGUAGAUAAAAGACUAUAUUUACAGUCUUAUACCUCAGUUGUCCUGGAUGCUCAUAAAGAAGGCUUAAAAGUUUUCGCAUCAGACUUUUCAAAUGAUGCUGUGUUUGCCUAUGAUUACGGUUAUGAUCCUGUAGCUGAGUAUAUCUCUUUCAUUGACAAUGGCAUCUUUUCUGUAGACGGUGUGCUUUCUGACUUCCCAAUAACUCCAUCAGCGGCUAUAGAUUGCUUUUCUCACAUAGGCAAAAAUGUUACUGGAGAAGCCAAGCCUUUGGUUAUCUCACACAAAGGAGCAAGUGGAUUCUACCCUGGUUGUACUGAUUUGGCAUAUAAAAAGGCUAUUUCAGAUGGUGUAGAUUUUCUUGACUGUCCUGUUCAAAUGACAAAGGAUGGAAUUCCAAUUUGCUUAGGCUCUAUAAAUCUUAUAGAUAGCACAACAGUUGCUCAAUCAGCCUUCAGCAACUUGACGAUCAGUAUUCCAGAACUUAUGGUAGUCAAUGGAAUAUUUACCUUCAACCUCACAUGGAGCCAGAUUCAAAGCUUAACCCCUGCAAUAUCGAAUCCGUACAAAAAGUACCAGCUCUACCGGAAUCCAAAUUCCACAUUUGCUGGACAAUUCAUGACAUUAUCUGAGUUUUUGGCACUCACAAGAAACACUAGUUCUGUUUCCGGCGUUUUGAUCAGUAUAGAGAAUGCGCCAUACCUAGCAGAGAAGCAAGGGCUAAGCAUAACCAAUGCAGUUCUUGAUGCCUUACGUGUAGCUGGUUAUAAUAAUCAGACGGUCAAAAAAGUUAUGAUUCAGUCAGCCAACAGCUCGGUUCUAAUCAAAUUAAAGGAGAAAAGCAAUUAUGAGCUCGCGUACCAGGUCGAUGAGGCCAUACGUGAUGCCCUAAACUCCUCCAUUUUGGACAUCAAGAAGUUUGCCCAUUCUGUUGUCAUCAAGAAGGAGACUGUCUAUCCUGAGAAUGCAGCAUUUCUCACUGGUUCAACAAAAGUUGUAUCAAAACUACAGGCAUUUAAACUUCCUGUUUAUGUACAGCUCUUCAGCAAUGAGUUUGUAUCUCAAGCGUGGGACUUCUUCUCAGACGCAUAUGUGGAGAUCAAUUCAUUUGUCAUGGGGGCCGGUAUUGAUGGCAUCAUCACAGACUUCCCAGGGACAGCCGUUAAUUACAGAAGGAACAAAUGUUUAGGGUUGGGUGAUAAAACACCACCUUACAUGACCCCUGUUCUCCCUGGUAGUCUUAUGCCAUUAAUUACUGCACAAUACUUGCCACCAGCUGAGGCUCCAAACCCACUCCUGACAGAAUCUGAUGUGGUUGAGCCACCUCUUCCCAGUGGUGAGGUGAAAGGCCCAACUUCUGACACCGGUGGUGGGUCUAAUGCAGCAGCUCCAACCCCACCAAAUGGGCAGCCUAAAGUUGAUGCAUUCAUCCUCCUGUCUAAUCUGGCUAUCCUGCUUGUGACUCUCAUGAUAUCCUGAAACCAUGACGCCGUCCUUGGUGACCAUUUUGCAGCAUUGCGUAUAUCUACAUUAUUGAGCUUUGUGUGACCGCACAGCUGAUUUCUCACAAAUCUGCAGUGAUUACUUAAUUUUUCCAUUAGCAUCGUAGGUAUGUUCAUACAGCCCCAUGUAGAACACACUCUGGCUGCCAUUAUUAAUUCUUAUACUGAACAUUUGCCCCAUUUUCCUUGUAAAUCUUUUCAUGUUGUGAACUUAUGCGCAUAACAGCAUUCUUAUGUUUAUCCUCCAUCAGUGAUCUUCAUAAAAUGAUUUUUUAUAAUGUAAAACACUUAAGUGUGAUCAUAAUCUAUGAUUAACAUUUUCGUCUCCAUAA